UGAAGGAGAGAGAGAGAGAGGGAAAGAUAAAGAAAAGGAGAGAGAGAAAGAAAAGGAGAGAGAGAGAGGGAGAGAUAAAGAAAAGGAGAGAGAGAAAGAAAAGGAGAGAGAGAGAGGGAGAGAUAAAGAAAAGGAGAGAGAGAGACAGAGACCGAGAGGGAGAAAAGGAGAGAUAAAUUGAAGGAGAGAGAGAGAGGGAGAGGAGGGAGAGAGAGAAAUAAAAGGAGAGAGAGCACAUGCAGCAUAUGCGUGCUUCACUCCGUGCUUCACUCCGUGCUUCACUCCGUGCUUCACUCCGUGCUUCACUCCGUGCUUCACUCCGUGCUUCACUCCGCUCUCUGCUUCAGAGGAGCUUCAGGAUUUUCACUUGUUUCCGUGCAACACCUCAUUUGACUCGUUUACCAAGGAGCGACUCAGACGUGGGGAAGGUAUCUGAACUUUCCAGCUGACUGACAGACCAGGCUGUGUUGUCUUCCCUACCAGUAGACUGAAUGACCAGACCAGACCAGGCUGUGUUGUCUUCCCUACCAGUAGACUGAAUGACCAGACCAGACCAGGCUGUGUUGUCUUCCCUACCAGUAGACUGAAUGACCAGACCAGGCAGUGCUCCCAGUGUAUCUGGACCAGGGACUAUUUGGCCUCAGUGACUGGACUCUGCAGUGUUACCAUCAGUUUUGGACUAUAUAAACUGUAUUCGGACUAACUGACCAUCUCCAGUGAUCCUCCCUCCUUCCCUCCCAGCAGAAAACAUGACCUCUCAAACCCUUUAAACACAGACCCCUCCAACAGCCAGUCCACAUGGACACCACCUCCACCCACUGGCAGCUAGGCAUCCUGGGUAACGACAGUCUCAGCCUCCACCUCGACCGGCCGGGGUUCCACUCUGACAUCACCAAGCAUGUAGGAGUCCAGGCUGCUUUGAUCACAGCGUAUAGUCUGAUCAUCCUACUGGGUCUAGUAGGCAACGCCCUUGUCAUCUACAUGAUCAUCCGCUUCCGGAACAUGAGGACAGUCACUAACUUCUUCAUAGCGAACCUGGCCCUGGCCGACCUGUUGGUGGAUACGCUGUGUUUACCCUUCACACUGGUUUAUACCUUGCUCGACGAGUGGAAGUUCGGCGCGGUGCUGUGUCACAUGGUCCCGUUCGCCCAGGCGCUGAGCGUGCACGUAUCGAUCCUGACGCUGACCGUCAUCGCUCUGGAGCGUUACAGGUGUAUCGUGUUCCACCUGGGCCAACGCCUCACCUGGCGAAGCAGCCUGCUCAUCAUGGCUCUCACCUGGACGCUGUCCGCCGUGCUGGCCAGCCCGCUCGCCAUCUUCAGAGAGUACCGUCAGGAGGAGAUCCCGUCCAUCAACCUGAGGAUCUCAGUCUGCUAUGAGAAGUGGCCUUACGGCAGCAGCAGAGACGGGGUCAUUUACAGCCUGUCUAUGUUACUGCUGCAGUACGUGCUGCCACUCUCCAUCAUCAGUUAUGCCUAUAUCUGCAUCUGGGUGAAGCUGAAGAACCACGUGAGUCCAGCGAGCCGCAUCGACGCCAUCCAGCGCAGGAAGAAGACCACCAAGAUGCUGGUUAUGGUGGUUGUAGUCUUCGCCACAUGCUGGCUACCCUUCCACGUGUUUCAACUAGCCAGCGACCUAGACCUGGUCCUCAGCUUAAGACAAUACAAGCUCAUCUAUACUCUCUUCCACAUCGUAGCCAUGUGCUCCACCUUCGCCAACCCGCUCCUGUACGGCUGGAUGAAUAAGAACUACAGGAAUGGGUUCCUCAUGGUGUUCAGGUGUGAGGCUAAACCAGACAGUAUUCACCCUGAGGGAUCCUUCAGGACCCGGUCACUAAGGAGGAUGUCUCUGAACAGGAGGAACGGAGGACACCCUCCUACUGCCGUCUGAUUGGUUGAUUGAUCUGCCGUCUGAUUGAUUGAUUGAUCUGCCGUCUGAUUGAGGCUGCUGUAUGGAGUGAUAUUAGCACCAUUGGAAAGAGAAUCUGAGGCUGCUAUAAAAAAAAAUUAAAAAGCCUUGUGUGAACCAGAACGGCCCGUAGGGCAGGAGUCCAUCUCCUGUUUCUGUAGAGUGAACCAGAACGGCCCGUAGGGCAGGAGUCCCUCUCCUGUUUCUGUAGAGUGAACCAGAACGGCCCGUAGGGCAGGAGUCCAUCUCCAGUUUCUGUAGAGUGAACCAGAACGGCCCGUAGGGCAGGAGUCCAUCUCCUGUUUCUGUAGAGUGAACCAGAACGGCCCGUAGGGCAGGAGUCCAUCUCCUGUUUCUGUAGAGUGAACCAGAACGGCCCGUAGGGCAGGAGUCCCUCUCCUGUUUCUGUAGAGUGAACCAGAACGGCCCGUAGGGCAGGAGUCCAUCUCCUGUUUCUGUAGAGUGAACCAGAACGGCCCAUAAAUCACUUUGGAUUAAAGCAUCUGUUAAUAUAAUAUAUUGAUGAAUAAGUACACCCCCUGGACACUAUACUGGACAGGACACUAUACUGGACAGGACACUAUACUGGACAGGACACUAUACUGCUGUGUGGAGUGAUAUUAGUGCCAACCGAAAGGAAAUCAGGAAUUGCUGCACUUAUUAUUGUUAAAGCAUCACAACAAUGAUGAUGACUAGGACCAGGAGUUUUUCCUGACCUCACCACCGACCUGAGCAAGAAAAACUCUGGACCCUAUAAUUACCUGACCGUGUGGUAUAACUGGGAUAAACUCUGGACCCUAUAAUUACCUGACCGUGUGGUAUAACUAGGAUAAACUCUGGGUCCUAGUUAUAUAGCCUUGGUCAGAUCAUGUGGUAUGGAUCAGGAAAAACUCUUGGUCCUCUUUGAGGAUUAAUAUGGGACUUUACAGGGACCUUAUGAAACCUGGUGAAACUGUCUGAAUCGAAUGACCUGACAUUGAAUACCUACCUUAAAAUGACUGCCUGACUGAAGUUCAGAGUUGAGAGAAGGUGCAUGUUUUAUACUCCCAUCUAACUGUCUAUUCUAAAUAAUUAAACUACUCUUGUCCAAUGAAUUCAAAGACGUGUUGAUUGAUCAAGCCCGUUAUCUUUGGUUGUAACAGAACUCAUUAAAACUGACUAUAACAGGAUGAGC